AUGCUCCGUGAGGUCGGCCUGCUCCUCUUGCUCGCCUUCUCCGCGUGGUCGAUCGUCCGUUACCUCUUUGCGGACGGCGGCCCGGCCGUCUUUGACUACAUCGUGGUCGGCGGCGGCUCGACCGGCGCGGUGGUUGCGGGCCGGCUGGGCGAGGCUGGCUACUCGGUGCUCGUGCUCGAGGCGGGAGGCUCGACGCAGAUCUCGCUCGGCGGCGACGCGGAGCCCGUGGCUGGCAAGUGGACCAUCUUCGAUGUGCCGCUCGGCUGGGUGCAGGUGCUCUCUGAUCACCGCUGGUCCAAGGAGUUCCAGUGGGUGGUGCCCGCCGACCCGCCGCCCGCCAUCGCGCGCGGGCUGGGCGGCUGCGGCAUCCACAACGCCAUGCUCUACAUGCGCGGCCGGCCUGCCGACUUUGCCGAGUGGGGAGCCGGCUGGUCGUGGGACGACGUGCUCCCCUUCUACAAGCGCUCCGAAGACAACGAGCAGUUCGGCAGCUCUCCGCUGCACGGCACCGGCGGGCCGGUCCGUGUCACGACCGUCGCUUCCGAUGAGCUGUCCGACUUUUUCCUCGACGCCUUCUCCACCGCCGGCCUCCCCCACGUCGAGGACUUCAACGGCCCGGACCGCAUCGGGGCGGGAGCGGAGACAAAGUCAAAGAGAGAGGGCUAG